AUGGCAAAUGACUUGUGUGAGAAAGAACAGGAGCCAGCACCACAGAUGAAGAAUGGAUAAGAAUCCAAAUGCCAAGAUGAUGAAGAUGCUGAGCUGAUCUUUGUUGGGGUGGAAUAUGAAAGUGAAGAUCCUGAAAUUCUCUUUGUCAAGGAGAUUUCAAAUGCAAAAGCCAUCAUUUCAAACAUUUUGAACAGAGUAAACCCAGGAUCAUGUUCAUCAAGAAAGAAAGGCCACAUGAGUCAAGAGAACACUCAUGCAUCAAAUUCUGCAAAUCUUGUAACCCCAACAUCAAAUGCAGUGGCUAAAUUGCCAGUUUCUCAGCCUGAAUUGAGAUCAACAGAUACUCAUAUUAUCAUGGAGUAUUCAUCUAAACCUGGUUGUAAAUGGAGCCCACUGCAAGUCAUGCCCCAUAAUUCCUCAGAUUUGCCCUCAGUAUGGACUCAGCAUGUAGUUGGAGCUGCUCUUUCUGUAGGAAGCAAGGAUGAAAGUCCUUGUGAUUCAAAGCAACUUUUCCCUUCUGAUGUAAACAGUGGAAACCCUAAGAAGCCUAAACUCAGUGAUGGAAUUCUAGGGGAACUUUCUUCAGAUAACCUUUCAGGUAUCUUUCCUACAGUGAAUGUUGGUACACCCUCAAAAGCUGUUCCUGCUUCAUUAAACCAUGAUCAAAAUGCAACACUGAUUCCAUGGGCAUGUGCAAAUGACAAGACACAUUUGGAUCUUUUGACAUUGGACACAGGAAAUAGCUUUGAAGGACUGGCAGAAACAGACUUUUCAAGCAUAACAAGCCAGAACAAGGCUGUGGAUUCCAAGAAAGGAAAUAUGAUCAUGUUACUUUAUGACUUUUACUAUGGACAGCUUAAAGGAGACAGGCAGGCAGAACAGAAGACUCACACAAACUUUAAAUACCUCAGAUUCUUGAAAGUUCUAAAAAAUGUUAAGUUUAUGAACCACAAGAAGCACCAUUUGGAACUUGAGAAACAGAGGGGUGAUAGCUGGGAGAACCACACCACCUGUGAGCACUGUCACCGGCAGUUUCCCACUCCCUUCCAGCUACAGUGUCACAUUGAAAGUGUGCACAUCUCCCAGGAACCCUCCACUGUAUGUAAAAUCUGUGAAUUGUCAUUUGAAACAGAUCAGAUUCUCUUACAACACAUGAAGGACACUCAUAAACCCAGUGAAAUGCCAUAUGUAUGCAAGGUUUGCAAUUACAGAUCAUCGGCUUUUGCUGAUACGGAAAUGCAUUUUAGAGCCUGCCAUGAAAACACUAAAAAUUUGCUGUGUCCAUUUUGUCCGAAAAUUUUCAAAACAGCAACAUCAUAUAUGAAUCAUCUUUGGUGGCAUUGGAACAAGAGAGUCUUUCAGUGUUCCCAGUUCUGGCUACAGUCAUUGACUUUAAAGGAGAAAAUGGAACACAGAACCAAGAAUCAUCAAACAUUUAAAUGUUCAGAGCAACUAGAAGGGUUGCUGCCUGAAACAAAGGUUAUUAUCCAAACCUCAGUUCAGCCAGGAUCAAGAGAUGCAGCAUCCAUUAAUGUCCACAUCAGUCACAAUAAGUGA